CAGUGGGGAGGGCACAUGGAGGGCUUGGCGUUUCCUGCGCCGUAUUCCCCGCCGGCUAUUGUCCCUUCCGCUCGCCUCCCGGCAUCCCCUGGCUGGCGGGAAGGGGGGGGCCCACGCUCGCCGGCGGCCGCCGAGCCGUUCUCCGGUUUGGCUACCCCUCUUCCGGUGCGGCGGCCGCGCGGCACAGCCUUGGCGCGCCCCGACCUUUCCCCGUCCGCCGUUGAGCGCCACCGGAGCUCCGGCUGCAUGGCCGUCCUCAAAUCCAGGCUGCGGGACUUGGAGAGGGAUGAAGACAGCCUGAGCGAGAAGGAGUGCGUCAAGGAGAAGCUGAGCCUCAUCCAUGGCUUCCUCCAAGCCGACGUCCAGAACCAGUUGAGCGAACUGGAAGCCAAACUCCACUGCGAGGAGCUGUCGGAGGAGAGGUACCUGGCAAAGGUGAAGGCCCUGCUGCACCAAGAGCUCUCGGCGGAGAACGGGGACGCGGCGUCGCCGGUGCAGGCGUCCAACGGGUGCUCCAAAAAUGGCGCCUACGGGAGCGACGAGGACUCGGAGCGAGCGGGACCCGAUGGGGAAGAAGACAGUGCCAUGGAGAUGGAGGAAGCAGCCGCCUCGUCCUCAUCCUCUUCGUCCGUCCCCGUGCCGCGGGCUCGCAAGGCCAGGAGGAGCCGAUCCAACGGGGAAAGCAAAAAGUCUCCCGCCAGUUCCCGGGCCACUCGGAGCUCCGGCCGGCAACCGUCCAUCCUGAGCAUGUUCUCCAAAGGGUCCAACAAACGGAAAUCGGAGGAGGUGAACGGGGAAGCGAAGCAGGAGGCCAUGAGCGUGGAGAAGGAGGAAGAGGAGCUGGAGGAGAAGGAACAAGAUGAGAAAAGGAUUAAAAUCGAAACCAAAGAAGGGUCAGAGAUAAAAGAUGAAAUUACUCAGGUUAAAACCACAACACCUGCGAAAACCACCCCUCCCAAGUGCGUCGACUGCAGACAGUACCUCGACGAUCCUGACCUCAAAUUCUUCCAAGGGGAUCCCGACGAUGCCCUGGAGGAGCCCGAAAUGCUGACGGACGAGCGCUUGUCCAUCUUCGACGCGAACGAAGACGGCUUUGAGAGCUACGAGGACCUGCCGCAGCACAAAGUCACCUCGUUUAGCGUCUACGACAAGCGAGGUCACUUGUGCCCCUUCGACACCGGCCUGAUCGAGAGGAACAUCGAGCUGUAUUUCAGCGGUGCCGUGAAGCCCAUCUACGACGAUAACCCUUGCCUGGACGGUGGGGUGAGAGCCAAGAAGUUGGGACCCAUCAACGCCUGGUGGAUCACGGGGUUCGACGGAGGGGAGAAGGCUUUGAUCGGCUUCACCACAGCCUUCGCGGAUUACAUCCUGAUGGAGCCCAGCGAGGAGUACGCUCCCAUCUUCGCCCUCAUGCAAGAGAAGAUCUACAUGAGCAAAAUCGUCGUGGAGUUCCUGCAGAACAACCGCGACGUCAGCUACGAGGAUCUGCUCAAUAAAAUCGAGACCACCGUACCUCCCGCGGGGCUCAACUUCAACCGCUUCACAGAAGACUCGCUCCUGCGACAUGCCCAGUUCGUGGUGGAGCAGGUGGAAAGCUACGACGAAGCCGGCGACAGCGACGAACCCCCCGUCCUCAUCACGCCCUGCAUGAGGGACUUGAUCAAAUUGGCCGGUGUCACCCUGGGGAAGAGGCGAGCUGUCAGGCGGCAAGCCAUCCGGCACCCUACCAAAAUAGACAAGGACAAGGGUCCCACCAAAGCCACCACCACCAAGCUGGUGUACCUCAUCUUCGACACCUUCUUCUCGGAGCAGAUCGAGAAGGAUGAGAGGGAAGACGACAAGGAGAACGCCAUGAAGCGCCGGCGCUGCGGCGUUUGCGAGGUCUGCCAGCAGCCCGAGUGCGGGAAGUGCAAGGCUUGCCAAAACAUGGUGAAGUUUGGGGGCAGCGGACGGAGCAAACAGGCUUGUUUGCAGAGAAGGUGUCCCAACCUUGCUGUCCGGGAAGCUGAUGAGGACGAGGAGGUGGACGACAACAUCCCCGAGAUGCCGUCACCCAAGAAGAUGCUGCAGGGCAGGAAGAAGAAGCAGAACAAGAGUCGUAUCUCCUGGGUGGGGGAACCCAUUAAGAGCGAUGGGAAGAAGGACUACUACCAGAGGGUCUGCAUUGACUCGGAGACCCUGGAGGUGGGAGACUGCGUCUCUGUCAGCCCCGAUGAUCCCACCAAGCCCCUCUACCUCGCCAGGGUGACAGCCAUGUGGGAGGACAGCAGUGGCCAGAUGUUCCACGCGCACUGGUUCUGCCCCGGCUCGGACACUGUCCUGGGGGCCACCUCUGACCCCCUGGAGCUCUUCUUGGUGGAUGAGUGCGAGGACAUGCAGCUCUCCUACAUCCAUGGCAAAGUCAAAGUGAUUUACAAGGCACCUUCGGAGAACUGGUCCAUGGAGCAGGGCGGGCUGGACAUGGAGAUCAAGAUGGUGGAAGACGACGGAAGAACUUAUUUUUAUCAGAUGUGGUACGACCAGGAGUACGCUCGGUUUGAAUCCCCACCGAAAACUCAGCCCACCGAAGACAACAAAUACAAGUUCUGCAUGAGCUGCACGCGCCUGGACGAGGUGAGGCACAAGGAGAUCCCCAAAGUGGCUGAGCCCCUGGAGGAAGGGGAUGGCAAGAUGUUCUACGCCAUGGCCACUAAGAACGGAGUGCAGUACAGGGUGGGAGACGGCGUCUACCUCCUGCCAGAAGCCUUUUCCUUCAGCAUGAAACCCGCCAGCCCAGCCAAGCGCCCCAAAAAGGAGGCGGUGGACGAGGAGCUGCACCCGGAGCACUACCGCAAGUACUCGGAGUACAUCAAGGGCAGCAACCUGGAUGCCCCCGACCCUUACCGCGUGGGCCGCAUCAAAGAGAUCUUCUGCAACAUCCGCAGCAACGGCAAACCCAACGAGGCCGACAUCAAACUGCGCAUCUACAAGUUCUACAGACCUGAAAACACGCACAAGUCCAUGAAAGCCAGCUACCACGCAGACAUCAACCUCCUGUACUGGAGCGACGAGGAGACGACGGUCGACUUCCGCGCUGUGCAGGGCCGUUGCACGGUGGUGUACGGGGAGGAUCUGACGGAGAGCAUCCAGGAUUAUUCCGCCGGUGGGCUCGACCGCUUCUACUUCUUGGAGGCUUACAACGCAAAAACCAAGAGCUUUGAAGAUCCUCCCAACCACGCUCGGAGCUCGGGCAAUAAAGGGAAGGGGAAGGGCAAAGGGAAAGGCAAAGGCAAAGGGAAGUCGUCGGUGAGCUGCGAGCAAAGCGAGCAGGAGCCGGCCGAGCUGAAGCUCCCCAAGCUGCGCACCCUGGAUGUCUUCUCUGGCUGCGGAGGGCUGUCCGAGGGCUUCCACCAGGCAGGCGUGUCGGAGACGCUCUGGGCCAUCGAGAUGUGGGAACCGGCCGCCCAGGCUUUCCGGCUGAACAAUCCCGGCACUACUGUCUUCACGGAGGAUUGUAACGUCCUGCUGAAGCUGGUCAUGUCCGGCGAGAAGACCAACUCGCUGGGGCAGAAGCUGCCGCAGAAAGGGGAUGUGGAGAUGCUGUGCGGUGGUCCCCCCUGCCAGGGCUUCAGUGGCAUGAACCGCUUCAACUCCCGCACCUACUCCAAGUUCAAGAACUCCCUGGUGGUCUCCUUCCUCAGCUACUGCGACUACUACAGACCGCGGUUCUUCCUUCUGGAGAACGUCAGGAACUUUGUGUCCUUCAAGCGUUCCAUGGUGCUGAAGCUCACUCUGCGCUGCCUUGUCCGCAUGGGUUACCAGUGCACCUUCGGGGUCCUACAGGCUGGCCAGUACGGCGUGGCCCAGACGCGGCGGAGAGCCAUCGUCCUUGCCGCAGCUCCUGGCGAGAAGCUGCCCAUGUUCCCCGAGCCUUUGCACGUGUUUGCACCCCGUGCCUGUCAGCUGAGCGUUGUGGUGGACGACAAGAAGUUCGUUAGCAAUAUCACCCGGACAUAUUCCGGCCCCUUCCGCACCAUCACCGUGCGGGACACCAUGUCGGACCUGCCGGAGGUCAGGAACGGUGCCUCUGCCCUGGAGAUCUCCUACAACGGAGAGCCCCAGUCCUGGUUUCAGCGGCAGAUCCGGGGCUCCCAGUAUCAGCCCAUCCUCAGGGACCAUAUCUGCAAGGACAUGAGUGCCCUGGUCGCAGCCCGGAUGAGACACAUCCCCUUGGCCCCGGGUUCCGAUUGGCGUGACCUGCCCAACAUCGAGGUGCGGCUGUCGGACGGCACGACCACGCGCAAGCUGCGAUACACGCACCACGAGAAGAAAAACGGCCGCAGCAGCUCCGGGGCGCUGCGGGGGGUCUGCUCCUGCGCCGAAGGCAAGCCCUGCGACCCCGCGGACCGGCAAUUCAACACCCUCAUCCCCUGGUGCCUGCCCCAUACCGGCAACCGACACAACCACUGGGCUGGGCUCUACGGGCGCCUGGAGUGGGACGGCUUCUUCAGCACCACCGUCACCAACCCUGAGCCCAUGGGCAAGCAGGGUCGGGUACUGCACCCAGAGCAGCACCGGGUGGUGAGCGUGAGGGAGUGCGCCCGCUCCCAGGGCUUUCCCGACACCUAUCGCCUCUUCGGGAACAUCCUUGACAAGCACAGACAGGUCGGUAACGCAGUGCCUCCUCCUCUAGCCAAAGCCAUCGGGCUGGAGAUCAAGUCGUGCAUGUUGGCGAAGCUGAGGGAAGACACGGCGGACCUCAGCGCCCUGGAGAAGAUGGAGACCGUGGAGAAGAUGGAGAUCAUGGAAACCGCCGACUGACGCGCGGCUUCUCCUCCGGCACCAGGACUCCCAAACAUGCACUGAUUUAUUUUAAACCCCCCUUUUUUUUUUUUUUUGGUUUGUUUUAUUUGAUUUUUUUUUGUUUGUGGUUUUUUUUUUUGUUUUUGUUUUUUUUUUUUUUUUUUUUUUAAAUUCCUGGCCCAGGGGGGACACACCGUGGCUCAUCUCCCCCCUCCCCGGCCCUGCUCGUGUCUCCCUCCUGGCUGCCCUCUGCCGCUCUCUGUGAUGGUCGAACUCCACUACCCCCCUGGCAGAGCCCUCUGGGGCCCCGCUCCCUGUUUUUAUGCCGCAUUGUAUUGAAAAUAAUCGGCCGCUUUGUACAAGUGGGAAUUGAUACUUUAUGUAGUUUUUAUAUGUUGUAAUAUUUCUUCAAAUAAAUCUCUCCUAUGACUUAUAAACCC